AUGGAUGACAUCGAUGCCAUACCCUCAAUUUCUUCCGGCGCCGUCGGAUCACGUUUCGUCUCGCAGUCAGACAUCGACACAGCCAAGGCCAGGCGGGAGGAGCAAUGGAAAGCAGCCUACGCGAGGCUUGGGCAAGAGCCCCCGCCUCCUCCGACAGAGGAUGCAUUUGACGGUCGUAGCUUGGCAGAGAAACUGGCUGCUAACAGAGCAGCCAAACAAGAAGAAUGGGAGGAGAGAAAUAAAUUAGGAAACCAAUUCCGCGCGUUAGAGGAAGACGAAGUCCUAUUUCUAGACUCACUCAUGGAGAAACAACGAGAAGAGGAAAGGUUACGUAAAGAGCAGGAUGGCGAAGAGCUGAAGCAUUUUAGAAAAGCUGUGGCUGCCCGAGAAACGGAAGCAAGUAAACCACCGAUCGCUUCAGCUACUGCCCCUUCCACUGCUCCGACCAGCAAAUCCAAGGCCCCCGCCGCGCCGCCCGCAAAGAAAGAUGCGAAAAAGUUGUUGAAGGGUGUGCUUGUCAAAAAGAAGCCAAAACCCUCGGCGGCCUCUCCAACAGCGCCCGCGCCCAAAGGCAACUCAAAAACAAGUCCAGAGCUGCAGCCGCAAUCCGUCCAUAAGGAGAAGAGUGAGGCGAGACCAUCUACUGAUGACGAGCCUCGAGCAAAACGACGGAAGAUAUCAGAAGCUGAUACAUAA